AUGGGUAUCACUACCAAACUUUCCAAAGUCCGACCCAACUCUACUCUGAAUACCGGUUUCAGCAAGUGCCUCUCCUGUGGUAGCAAAGCCAAAGGCAAGGAAAAGCUGAAAAAGACCGAAGAACACGACUUCACCCACACCUACAGUAAACCUCCCCCACUCAACACCCGCGCUGUCAUCGUCAACUCAGGAGUCACCGCUCUAGUUUCCAAGACCCCUUCGGGAGUAAUCCACUCUGCAGGAGGGGCCAGCCAUAAGAGCAAAUUAACCGAUCCCACAGAAGAGUCCAUCAACUUCCGCCUAAAUUCUGCAUUGACUACGGUCACAGAAAUAACUGAGCCAGAGUCAGACUCCGAAGUUGAACGCUCUGCAAACGCACGCAUCCCAACUCUCGGGUCUCUACCAAUUAUCGACGAAAAUAGCAUAAGCAUCAUCCUACCAGACACGCGACGUCACUCUGCAAUCCCCGAUUUCCGUAAUCAUAGUCCUGAGGCGAACUAUCACGAAGAGCACUCUACACAAGUCUACAGUCGCCGUUAUUCACUACCAACUUUACCCACUUAUCACCUUCCCCUUCGUGCGCAACCCUCGUUCGCAUCAAGCUUUGAGGGCUUUGACGCUUUUUUUACCCCCGACCAUAAACGCGCUACAAGAGAAAACGAAAGUAGCGAGGUAGGAGAAGAAGAAAUCAAGAAGGGAGACAAAGACGAAAGUAUGAGCUAUCGUCAUCACUCUUACAACUCUCACCUUGACCCCAACGCUAGCCUGACAAGGAGGUCUGAGAUCACAAUGGCCGGGCGGACUCGUCCAGGCCUCACAACGGUUGGCGGGAACUCAGUUAGAGCUGGCCGGUCUAUAGCCGCUCCGUCUGUUACUGCUCCAUCCAUGGUUUCUCCUUCAAUUUCUGCCCCGUCUACAUCCAUGGGUGCGUCCCAGUCAAGGGUUCUGAAAACCUUGGCAAACCUUCCCGAUCAAGGUAUGGAUAGCGUUCGCACCAAUACCACAACGACAGGGAUUACUAUAAACAGUAACAAGGUUGACCUUAACAAACCCUUGCCGAUGCCUCCAUCCCUGCCAUGGCGAAGACGUCUUUCCUCCGUCCUCAAUCCCCAGAAGAGCAGGGCAAACCUCAAUACAGGUGUCUCUCAGAGUCUUCUCGACGUUAGACAAUCGGCCGGACGUUCGGUUGAGAGUUUGAAGGAGUCUGUUGGGGGUGGCGGUAGUGCCGGGGCGUUGGGUACAUGGAAGUCAUUGAAUUGGGCCCGCGCUCCAGCGGCCAGUGUGGUCUCGGAUCGCCCACCAAUUCUCCCGGUCUUAGAUUCAACUGAGUUCGGUGAUUUGUUGCUUGCUGCUGCUACUGUUGCUAGUUCUCGUCCAUCAACUCCGACGGGUAAUGGGGCGCGAAAUAAAAAUCUUGCUACUCCAUCGGUAGCUGUCGAGCUCCCGGUUACCCCGAGCAGUGGCCAACGCCUUAUCCGUUCACCAGCCUGCAAAAAUCUUCACAUUAUCUCAUCCCACGAGUGCUCUGCAAUUAGCCUUAUUUCGAAGGGGAAAGGCCCUACAAAAGCUCAUAUUCGAACUCUAAGCUGGGUAUCAAGUAUUCAUUCUGGCGGCGAGCAUGUAGAGGAUGCGAAGACGACACCGGAGAGCAAGGUUGGUACUACGCCUUCUAAUACCACCCGUGACGACGCUCCUGAUAUUACCAUUAGCGGAGUUGAGUUUGAGGGCUCUAUCCAUCCAACUGAGAAGGAAGGUUCUGUCGGUAACCUCUCAGAAAAAAAGAGUGUACGCCAGGAAGGGUUUCAGGGAAACUACAAAGAGUUCUUGGAUGAGUCUGUCGAUCGCUAUGGUCGCAGCGGCAGAGGAGGAAGGAUGAAUAGAGAGCUGUCGGUCACUGACAGCAUGUCAUACAUCGUUGGAGAUCGAACUAGUAGGAUCGAUCCGAGGGGGGAGCGCAUGCUCGAGAUUUGGGGGGAUGUCAAGGCGGGGGAGAGCACUGUUAUCGUUUAG